AUGCGAGAAGGGCGGGCAGUGGCAGCGGGCUGUGGCGCUGUUCAGCGAGAUGCGGAAGACGAAGCUGGAGCCCAACUCAGCUACAACGCUGGGGUGAGCGCGUGCGAGAAGGGCGGGCAGUGGCAGCGAGCUUCGGCGCUGCUGAGCGAGAUAUGCGAAGCGAUGCUGGAGCCCAACGUCAUCAGCUACAGCGCUGGGGUAUGCGCGUGCGAGAAGGGUGGGCAAUGGCAGCGGGCGCUGGCGCUGCUGAGCGAGAUGCGGGAGGCGAAGCUGGAGCCCGACGUCAUCUCUCUACUACAAU